CAUCGACAUCGGUACAUCGAUCAAAGGCGAUUCAAGCGAGUCUUCGAUCGAUAGUCAGGAUCAUAACGAUAUCGACAGGUAGACCUCGUCAACCAUGUCGUACCCCAGCUUGUUCCGCUCCGAGGAGUUGAGCAAGAUCCAGCUGUUCAUCCCUCGGGAAUGCGCUCAUGACACCAUCUACGAGCUCGGAGAGACCGGGAAUGUCCACCUCCUCGACCUCAAUGGCGAAGUCAACGCCUUUCAACGAUCAUUCGUCGGCGAGAUCCGUAGGCUGGACGAGAUGGAACGUCGGUGCCGCCUCUUCCACACCCAGAUCACAGAGAGUUCUCCUCCUAUCGGCUUGACCCCGCUCUCCGCCAUCCCGCCUUUCACCUCGGUCGGCCCACGGGCCGCUCAGGCGUUUGACGAGCUGGACGACAAGCUGACUGAACAUGAGACCAGGUUGAACCAGAUCAAUUCGUCGUUCGAGGUCUUGGGCAGGAGGCAGAGAGAGUUGGAAGAGGCGCGGUGCGUCUUGAGGGAGACGGCGGGGUUCUUUGAUCAGAAUAACAAUAAUGGGAAUGGCGGGAGGGGAAGGGGUGGGGUGGAGAUUAGGAGCUCGUUUGAUGAUAAUGGGGAUGGGUCGGCCCCGCUUUUGGAGAAUGCGGCCGAGUAUGGGACUUUACCUGGGGAGAGCGGUUUCAACGGGGUCGAUCUCGAGUUCGUCGCCGGUACGAUCGAACGCUCGAGGAUGCCCAUCUUUGAACGCGUCCUCUGGCGGGUCCUCCGAGGUAACCUUUAUAUGAACUACUCCGAGAUCGAGGAACCGUUCGUCGACCCCACCAACGGGAAAGAGACGUACAAGGACGUCUUUAUCAUCUUUGCCCAUGGGAGCGAGUUGCUAGCCAAGAUCCGUAAAGUCGCCGAGAGCAUGGGAGGGACCCUCUACCCCAUCGAUUCGGAUCCGGACAAGAGGAACGAUGCGAUGAGGGAGGUCACGUCCAGGUUGGAGGAUAUCAACUCGGUGCUCUUCCAGACGGGGCAGACGAGGCGGGUCGAGCUGGGCAAGAUUGCCGAACAGCUCUAUUCGUGGAAAGACGCCGUGGCCAAGGAAAAGACUAUUUAUCAGACGAUGAACUUGCUCAGUUAUGAUGCCAAGAAAAAGACGCUCGUCGCGGAGGGUUGGUGCCCCACGAGGGAUAUCACCGGUAUUCAACAGGCUCUUCGGAGGGCGACGGACACGGCGGGAACUGCGGUCCCUCCCAUCUUGUCCGAACUCCAGACCCAUCAGACGCCACCGACCUUCCACCGGACGACACCGUUUACCGAGGGGUUUCAGACGAUCAUCGACAGUUAUGGGAUCGCCACCUACCAAGAGGUCAAUCCGGGGAUCUUUGCCGUCAUCACGUUCCCGUUCUUGUUUGCGGUCAUGUUCGGGGAUAUCGGGCAUGGGUUCUUGGCGACGCUCGCUGGGGUCGUGAUGGUCAUGUAUGAACGCAAGUUGGCCAAGGCCGGGCUCGGGGAGAUCUUUGAGACGUUCUUCUUUGGACGAUACAUCAUCCUCCUCAUGGGUCUCUUUUCCAUGUACACCGGUUUGAUGUAUAACGACAUCUUCUCCAAGUCGCUGCAUAUCUGGACGUCGGGUUGGGAAUGGCCCGAGGGAAAGAACGGCACCGUCGAGGCCGUCGCUACGGGUGGGACCUACUUGUUCGGAUUGGACCCGGCUUGGCAUGGGGCGGACAAUUCGUUGGUGUUCAGCAACUCGUACAAGAUGAAGAUGUCCAUCAUCCUCGGUGUCAUUCACAUGACGUUUGCCAUCUGUCUUCAAGUUCCCAAUCACUUGAAGUUCAAGAAGCCCUUGAACAUUUACGCCGAAUUUAUCCCCCAGAUCCUCUUCAUGCAAUCCAUCUUUGGCUACCUGGUCGUCUGCAUCGUCUACAAGUGGUCCAUCGACUGGUCUCAAUCCGCCACCGCUCCUCCUGGACUGCUCAACAUGCUCAUCUACAUGUUCCUCUCGCCCGGUACCGUCGACCCGUCGACCCAGCUGUACGCAGGACAGCCGUUUGUCCAGGUCUGUCUGUUGCUCUUGGCGCUCGUCUGCGUGCCUUGGAUGUUGUGCUUGAAGCCGUACAUGCUCUGGCGGGAACACCAGAAGAUCAAGGGACAGGGGUAUCAGGGGAUCGGGAGUGGUAGCAACGGAGACGAUGGUGAGCCGAGGUUGUCGACGACACAGGAGAUGCAGGAUGAGGAGGAUGGGAACGGGCAUGCCGUGGCCGAGGCCGAGGAGGACGAGCACCCGUUUGAAAUGGGCGACGUCAUCAUCCACCAAGUCAUCCACACCAUCGAAUUCUGUCUGGGAUGUAUCUCGAACACGGCCUCGUAUCUCCGACUUUGGGCCCUCUCCCUCGCUCACGCCCAGCUCUCCGAGGUAUUGUACAACAUGACCCUGGAGAGAGCCUUUGGAUCUACGGGUAUCUUUGGGGUCGUCUUUACGGUCAUCAUGUUCGGAAUGUGGUUCAUCUUGACGUUGGCGAUCUUGUGUGUGAUGGAAGGGUUGAGUGCGUUUUUGCACGCGUUGAGGUUGCAUUGGGUCGAAGCCAACGGAAAGCACUACAUGGCAGGCGGGUAUGCGUUUACUCCGUUGAGCUUUGCUGCGAUCGAGGCCGAGGUCGAAGAGUAGAUGCGAUUUCGUGGUACGCUGUAGUCUUUGCUUCGGCGACGGUCAUCGUCGGCGAACUUGAUGACACUCAAAUGCAAAGAAAGGAGGAUGGGAGAGUUUGUGGACAAGAAUGUAGUAGACUAGACAACGAUACCGACAUUAUGAUUGCAGUUGUCGUUAUGAAAGAUGACAUGAUGACUGUACCCCCUGA